CUUGCAAAAUCUCAAUGACUGCCACUAUGAGACAGAUAUCUAUGUGACUGGAGCUUAUGGGAUUCUGUCUUUGAUUGAAGGUGCCAGGUGCAGAAAUGAGGAUGUUGGAAUAGCAGAAUAUGUAUGUAAAGUCCUUGAGAAAAACAUGACAGAACAACUCGAUCAAGUGAAAAAAGCAGUUGAAAAAGCGAUCAAGGAUUUUGAACAAUGUCUUACAGAAGGGGUUAAAAAUUCCAAAACCUCUGAAGAAAACCUGAACACCUUUUUGCACCGUGAUGAAAACCCUCUCGUGUUCAUGACACUAGAGGCCGUGGUUAAGAAAAACGGCAUCCACAAAACAAAAAAAGGGGAAGAAAUAAAUCUCAACACAAUGUUGGCUUCCUGCUUGACUGACAGCAUUGAUGAAAAAUUCAGAAAGACCUUCCCAAAUGAUGUUAAAGGCAGAUAUUUCAAUGGAGUCAUCAGCAUAUUUUCACUUGACACAAAACCACUGAUUCAAGAGUACCAAGAUGUCAAACUGCAGCUGAUAUUUCUCCAGACAGAGGAGGAAAGAAUUAAGGCAAAACUCAACAAAAUAAUCCUAAAGGAGAAGAAAGUAAUCUACAAUAGUCUAACAGAGACAAUUGUGAAAAGCAUGCAAAAGGGCUAUGAUGAUGCAAAGGCAAAAAGGCAAAAGGAAGACAUGAGGAACACUCUUGAGACACAUGUAUCCUCAAAUAGGAACAUGUAUGAGGAUGCAAAAAAGACCAUGUUGGAGAAGAUGGAUACGUUGAAGACGACCAUCUGCAAUGAACUGAAGGAAACCAUGGAACACUCCAUUAAACUCUCAUUCAAGGUUGAUGUUUGCCCUCUCCCAGAUGUUUCAAAGCAUCUUAAAACUGUGCAGCGAUAUCAUGAUGAAGUUAAAAAGAGAGAGAGAGAAAUGCCAGCACAGUAAUCGGAAACACAAUGACCCACUCAACGUCUCUGAGAGAACACUGACUAAAAGCAUGAGGUCUCUGCGAAGCACCAAAUUUUUGUCAAGUUGUUUUGCCUUCUGUCCUUAAAUGUUGUUUGAUUUUUAAUGAAUUUGAUACAAUGAGAUUUUUCAGUCCUCACUGGAGGAAGCUCCUGGGUUUUAAUCUAGUUUGAGGCCUUUCUGUGUGGAUUUUGCAUGUUCUCCCUGUGUCUGCGUGGGUGCUCUCUGUCUACUCCAGCUUCUUCCUACCUUAUCACAG